AUGGAGGAGGUGAACAAGUUAGCAGAAUCAACUGCAACAAACUUGGAUGGACAAGCAGUUUACGAAGAAAGGGACCCAGAGAGCAACAGCCUCCAUCAGCCUCUGCUCAAAAGAAACCGAACGCUUUCUUCAACUCCACUUGCCAUAGUUGGAGCCAAGGUUUCUCAUAUAGAGAGCUUGGAUUAUGAGAUCAAUGAAAACGAUCUGUUCAAACAUGACUGGAGAAGCAGAUCAAAAGUCCAAGUAUUGCAGUAUAUCUUCUUGAAAUGGACACUGGCAUUCCUAGUUGGGCUUCUAACAGGACUAAUAGCCACUCUCAUCAAUGUUGCAGUUGAAAACAUAGCAGGCUACAAACUUCUUGCUGUUAUUAACUACAUCGAGGAGGAAAGAUACCUAAUGGGGUUCGCAUAUUUUGCUGGAGCAAAUUUUCUUUUGACUUUGGUAGCUGCCGUCCUCUGUGUUUGUUUUGCACCUACAGCAGCUGGUCCCGGGAUUCCAGAAAUUAAAGCUUAUCUGAAUGGAGUUGAUACCCCCAAUAUGUUUGGUGCAACAACAUUGAUGGUUAAGAUUAUUGGAAGCAUUGGAGCUGUGUCUGCAGGCUUAGAUCUAGGAAAAGAAGGGCCUCUGGUGCACAUAGGGAGCUGCAUUGCUUCGCUAUUAGGUCAAGGUGGGCCAGACAAUUACCGUUUAAAAUGGCGCUGGCUAAGGUACUUCAAUAAUGACAGGGACCGUCGUGAUCUCAUCACUUGUGGUGCAUCAUCUGGUGUCUGUGCUGCUUUCCGAGCCCCAGUUGGCGGUGUCCUCUUUGCUCUCGAGGAGGUGGCAACAUGGUGGAGAAGUGCACUCCUCUGGAGAACUUUCUUCAGUACAGCAGUUGUGGUGGUAGUGCUUAGGGCCUUCAUGGAAAUCUGCAACUCUGGAGACUGCGGACUAUUCGGGAAAGGAGGGUUGAUCAUGUUUGAUGUCAGUAAUGUUUCUGUAAGGUACCACGCCGUCGACAUUAUACCUGUUGCUGUAAUAGGUGUCCUUGGUGGCGUUUUGGGGAGCCUCUACAACCAUUUUCUCCACAAGGUCCUGAGGGUCUACAAUCUCAUAAAUGAGAAAGGCAAAUUUCAUAAACUUCUUCUAGCCCUGAGUGUCUCCAUUUUCACCUCUGUAUGCCUAUAUGGACUUCCUUUCCUUGCAAGAUGCCGACCUUGUGAUCCCUCGCUACCAGAUUCUUCCUGUCCCACAACUGGAAGGGCAGGAAACUUCAAGCAAUUCAACUGCCCAAAGGGUUACUACAAUGACCUAGCUACUCUUCUCCUUACAACCAAUGAUGAUGCUGUUCGAAACAUCUUUUCCAUCAGUACUCCAAGAGAAUAUGAAAUUCUUUCCCUAGUUAUCUUCUUUGCACUGUAUUGCACUUUGGGACUUGUCACAUUUGGCAUUGCUGUCCCAUCAGGUCUGUUCCUACCUAUCAUCCUCAUGGGAUCAGCUUAUGGUCGCAUGCUUGGUAUUGCCAUGGGACCAUACACAAAAAUUGAUCAGGGACUUUAUGCCGUUCUUGGCGCAGCUUCCCUCAUGGCUGGUUCAAUGAGGAUGACUGUUUCUCUCUGCGUCAUAUUUCUUGAACUUACCAACAACCUUCUGUUGCUGCCCAUUACAAUGCUAGUUAUCCUAAUUGCUAAAACUGUAGGAGACUGCUUCAAUCCAAGCAUCUAUGAAAUAAUACUGGAACUAAAGGGACUUCCUUUCUUGGAUGCACAUCCUGAGUCAUGGAUGAGAAAUAUCACAGUUGGAGAGCUUGCUGAUGUAAAGCCAGCAGUCGUAACCCUUAGUGGUAUUGAGAAGGUGGGACGUAUCGUGGAAGUCUUGAAGAACACCACACACAAUGGCUUCCCAGUUGUAGAUGAAGGGGUGGUGCCACCAAUGGGUUUGCCAAUGGGAGCAACUGAACUGCAUGGAUUGGUCCUAAGAGCUCAUCUUAUUUUAGCACUAAAGAAGAAAUGGUUCCUGCAAGAAAGAAGGAGAACAGAAGAAUGGGAAGUGAGAGAGAAAUUUACAUCUAUCGAUCUAGCUGAAAGGGGGGUAAAGAUAGAAGAGGUAAUGGUGACAAGGGAUGAAAUGGAGAUGUUUGUAGACUUGCAUCCCCUAACCAAUACAACCCCAUACACUGUGGUCGAAAGCAUAUCAGUAGCAAAGGCUAUGGUUCUCUUCAGGCAGGUUGGGCUACGUCACAUGCUCAUUCUAGCUAAAUAUCAUGCAGCCGGGGUGUUUCCGGUGGUGGGAAUUUUGACUAGGCAAGAUUUGAGAGCCCACAACAUUUUGAGUGCCUUCCCUCAUCUAGAAAAAUCCAGUGGAAGUAAAAAUGGACAUUGA